AUGGUUGCUGCUUUACCCUACGAGAUUCUUGGGAUUAUUUUGAAUGAAUGUGUUGAUGAUUGCGGUGCUCUUUACUCAUGUAUUCUAAUCAACAAAGCUUGGUAUAGUGUAGCCAUUCAACAUCUCUGGGCCAAUCCCUUUUUACUGCUUCACUCGAAAUCUUUCAACCGAAAUAGAGCAAAAAACCUAUUGAUUACGUUUAUUGAAUGUUUUACCGAUAUCCACACUGUCAAGGGAAGUUCCAAGCUCUUGAGAAGAAGAUGUAGUAAAAAGCCGCCGUUUGAUUAUAGCUUAUACUUGAAAACGAUUUCCUCACCCGCAAUUGCUGCUCUUGUUACUCUCUGGCUUGAUACAAAUAUCAUGGAAGAAGUUGAAACAAUAGCUGUAAGAAUUGUUUAUUUAGCCAUUCAGUAUUGUCAGCAACUAAGAACAAUUCAUCUUGCACGACAAUCCACUGAAGCUCCUUGGCUACAUCUGGAUCAGCUCCUUGUUUCUAUAAAAAGUCUUCCCCAACUGAGACGUUUUACGUGGAGAGGAGAUCUAUGUUUGGAAAUACUUGACAAGUUUUCAAAUAUAGCACAUAAUUUGGAAGUUUUAUCAAUCAACUUUGAAAGAAAAAACUAUUAUUAUUUUAACGAGGAAUCAAGUAACAGUCUGCGCAGGCUCAUAGACUCCCAAAACCAAUUAAAGGCUAUUGAAGUGCAUAAUGUUUCUACCAACAUGGAAUCAAUUUUGGACCUGCUGAAAUCACGGUCCGAGUCUCUCGAAUCGAUAUACUUUGGUGAAGUAAAAUUCAAUUCUGAUCAUUUACUUUUUAAACCAGUUAAAUUAAACCAAUUGAAGAAUAUCACCAUGAAUGGCUGUAAAAUAUUAUGCGAGAAUGGACUGAAUUCACUUGCUAUGGCCGGAUUACCAUUGCUACAACGGUUAAGUGUCGAUUACUGUCAUAUACCGUGUAUGGCUUGGGAACGAUUGCUAUUUUACCACGGAAAGAAAUUGAUUGAUAUUAAUGUGUCUGGACAAGGGAUGUCUGAGAGAAAAUUUGAAGUCAUAUCGCAAACAUGCCACAAUCUCAGACAUCUAUCUGUUUAUGUGUAUAGCAACGAGCAAUUACCCUUUAUUGCGCAUACAAUAAAAAGCCUGCCAACUCUGCAUUUUCUCAAGCUGAUUCAAUGUCUAUAUUCGAAUUACAACUAUACACAUCUUUUUGAUAUUUUUUCUAAAUGUCAUCUUCCACAUUUAGAUCAUUUAAUCUUGUUUUGCAAUUGUAAUCAGUUUUUGUCUAAAUCUCACCCGCCACUAAAGACAUUAACAAUCUUUGGCGAAAAUGCUACUGGUGAACAUCUUGAUGUAAUACUUGAUUAUCUUAGUGAUACAAUAAGAAUUUUGAGAGUCGAUACCAAUAUUGAUUCACUUGGUGACAAAUGUCUCGAGCGAGUAAAGAGUGUAGUGAAAGAGUUUUCUACUAAAAGAUAUUCAAACUAUCUACGAUUUGCAUGUAAUAUAGAAGAAUGUAAAAAGAGGUUAAUAUGA